AGUUGGUCGGGCUGUUUCUUCAGUGUCGGGCUGUACUGGUAGUUAAAGUUAUUUGCUUCAUUUUAGGCCAGUUUUUGUGGUGUACAGUUAGUUCACGUCCCAUCUCUCUUUAAAAUUAGCCACUUGGCUAACUAGCUUACUGUACUGCUGUUAGCUUGUUAGCUUGCUAACUUAUUACCAGCUUGUUUAGAUGCAUUUUUCCUGGUUGUUUUUUCUUUUUCCUCACUGGAGGGACAGUGUGGGACUAGCUAGUUACAUAUGCAUUUAGCGGGCAGUUACAGAGUUUUACUUCUAGCUGGCUAGCUAGCUGCAUAUUUUCUGUCCCGAGAAGCGCAGCUUUGCUAAAGCAGCGGCGCUGCACGGCUGUGGUCCGGGUUCGGCUGCUGCCUUCUGAGCGAUGCGCUGGCCGCAGUUUUGGAAAACAAUGCGCUGUUUUUGCGAAACAUUCUGAACUGCCGCGCCUGGUGUUCCGGGUGUUUUUAGCUGAACAGCUUACUGUAGUUUUUCUUUUCCUUUCUUUUAAUUUCUUUAUUCCGUUGUUUUUUCCCUCCGUGGAGCUUUCUCGGUGUUCCCUCUGCAAAAGGAAAAAGGAUUUUGCUCGUGUGUUUAGUGGUCGCCUAUUGUGGCAGAUUGCUGGCAUUCAUUACAGGAUUACCCCUUCAAAGUAUAUCCGAAGAAUACACUCGCAUCCCUGCAGAGCACACCUCUGUCGUUUUCGUGUCCCUUGCUAGCAGUGCUCCCCUUUGAUCCCAUAUAAGAGCAAGCUAUUUAGUGUUGUAGCUGUAAUUUUCGCCAGGGCCGAGGUGUGUGUUUCUGUAGCAAUUUCUGCUUCUUUUGCAGUUUUUAUCCUCGGUUUUGUGCAAAAACGGCGAGUUUUUUUUUUAAAACUAUGGAUGAUCAGACCCGUAUGCUAGGGGGUCUAGGCGGACUCGGGGGAUUAUCGCAGCCCGACGUGGGCGACCCGGACUCGGUUCGGAAGCAGCAGUCCCUCGGCCAGCCCCAGCAGGACAUCGGGGACAUUCUGCAGCAGAUCAUGGCUAUCACGGACGAGAGCCUCGACGAGGCUCAGGCCAGGAAGCACGCCCUGAACUGCCAUCGGAUGAAACCUGCCCUCUUCAGCGUCCUGUGUGAGAUCAAAGAGAAGACAGUGCUGAGUAUCCGCGGAGUGCAGGAGGAGGACCCACCCGACCCCCAGAUCAUGCGGCUGGACAACAUGCUGCUGGCAGAGGGCGUGUCUGGGCCAGAGAAGGGGGGGGGGUCUGCGGCGGCGGCAGCGGCGGCCGCAGCAGCAGGAGGGUCUCCAAAUGACGGCAGCAUCGAGCACUCAGACUACAGAGCCAAACUCGCCCAGAUCCGCCAGAUAUACCACUCCGAGCUGGAGAAGUACGAACAGGCCUGCAGCGAGUUCACCAACCACGUGAUGAACCUGCUGAGGGAGCAGUCUCGAACCCGGCCCAUCUCGCCCAAGGAGAUCGAGCGCAUGGUGGGCAUCAUCCACCGCAAGUUCAGCUCCAUCCAGAUGCAGCUGAAGCAGAGCACCUGCGAGGCCGUCAUGAUCCUGCGCUCCAGAUUCCUCGACGCCAGACGUAAGCGACGCAACUUCAACAAGCAGGCGACGGAGGUGCUGAACGAGUACUUCUACUCCCACCUGUCGAACCCGUACCCCAGCGAGGAGGCCAAGGAGGAGCUGGCCAAGAAGUGCAGCAUCACCGUGUCUCAGGUGUCCAACUGGUUCGGAAACAAGAGGAUUCGCUACAAAAAGAACAUCGGCAAGUUCCAGGAAGAGGCCAACCUGUACGCUGUCAGAACCGCCGUAGACGCAGCCAGCGUGUCGGCCCAGGCCAGCCAGGCAAACUCUCCAGCCACACCCAACUCAGGCGGAUACCCAGCACCGUGCUACACGCCUGAUGGCCGCCUAUGAGGUGCUGCCAGGAGGUGCCCCAUACCCCCAACCCCGGCCAGAUGACACCAGUCCUCCCUCCAUCAGCUCUCCUGCAGGUGACCCCAGCAGUGUCCACUCAGACGCCUCCAACCGAGGCUCAUCACCAGCCCACUGAACCCCUUCCUUUCACAGCGGACCGUGCCCAUGAUUCUCAAACCCCUCCUCUUUUCCUAAACCCCUCCCCUCAACUUUUGCUCAAGCUCCUCCCACCCUCCUCCUCCUCCGUUGGACCAUUGACUCUGCCUUUCGAACAGAAGAACAGAUCACGUUUAGACUAAAGCAGGAAACCUCUCCCCUCUGAAGGAGGAAGAAGAAGGAGUAGGAGGAGGAGGGGUGUGUGGCAGGCUGGUGUCUCCGAGUGCCUCAGCUGCACAGCUGUGGGGCAGCCAGACUGCUGAAUGCACGCCUGUCCUGCGUAUAUUUACAGGUACACAUCUCGCUUCCUCUUAGAGCUCACCUAAAGCUGCACCUGUGCGCUCCUCACCUGCUGGGAGAGUCGUGCGAGUGUGUGUGUGUGCGCGUGCGUAUGAGUGUGUGUGUGUGUGUACGUGUGUGCUGAUGUGAAGCAUGUCAUUACUCAGUGAGUAGAAGCGUUUCUCCGCCCACACAUACAAAAGUGGGCUGUCCUUACAGCCCUGCAGCUCCGCCCUAUGUAAGAGUUUCUGACAGACCUCCCUGUAAAAGACUGAAAGUGUUUAUAAUCUACCCAGCUUUCUUCCCGUUUUGUAUAAUGGUGUUAUUUUUGUAUUCAGCAGCCAAAACCGAGAGUUUCAAUCUCACACACACACACGCACACACACACUGUCACAGGGCUGUACCCUUGUAAGCCAGCGGCCGUGGGCAGGGGAGGGUGUGAGCAGAGGAAGGGGGUGUGGCCAGUGUGGGCGGGGCUGAGGGGAGGGGUGAGGGGUCGUUAUGGGGUCAAGGGCUGAUACUGUCGGCCUCUUGGUAGUUAGUUUGCAGAAGCUGUGAUAGUUGUUUCUUAAGCCUUUUUAAUAAAACCUUUGUUUCUUUUUUAUUUGAAAGAAUUUAGUCAAUAGUAGCUUUUUUCUAAUGCUGUUUCACAAAGAUUGCACCAGCCACCAAAUAAAACUAGUUUAAAAGAAGGGGAAGGGGGUAAAGAUAUUAUUAAACAGACAAAAAUCCUAAAAAUUACAAGGAGGUAAAAAAGUGACUGUCUUCCAUGCAUGUAGGCCUAUUUAGGUGUCGUAGUGACUGUUCAUUUUAUUUCCUGAUUUUUUUAUUUUUACGAAAGACAAUAUGUACAAAGAGAAAAAAAAAAAAAACAAAAUACAAUGACCAAAAAUGAAUGAAUUCAUUAUUGACCUGCACAUAGAAGACAUCGCUGCAUCACUCGAGCUUGUGACACCGGACAGUUUCCCGCAGCCACCAGGGGGCAGUACCCUGCUUCCGUGAGGCACCCCUCACUCAUAAGCAGCAGAUGCAGAGGAAGAAUUGCUGUCUGUGAUAUAAGAAGCCAAAAAUAAUAUGCUCCGUAAGGAAAGACGAUACUCCAUCAGGAAAGAUGUUGGGGGUGGACUGAGGCGCGUUGUGGGUAUGACUUAUCGAUGGUUGAUUUUAUUUAUCCUCGUUUCGGUCAAUCUUCAUGUUUUGGUGCGUUAAGUCUCCUGUGUUACCUGCGCUUCCAUGCUGACGGAACGCACCUGCGGUCAAGAGGACCUGUCUCCAUGGAAACGGCAUGCGGCCGGCAGCCGGAAGCAGUCUGGCCGUGAGCAUGCUUUCUCUGCUCGAGAUGAGAUCACCACAGGGCUUCAAACGCAAACUCCAUCUCAUCUCCCGAAACAUGCUCGUAAGCAAACGUCACAGCAAGGGCUUUUCUCUGUUCAAAUUUAACCAAAAAGGCAUGUGUGACUGGAGGAUAGAAACCACCCCCCCACCCCCCCCAACAUCACGUGACAUUACAUACUGUCCUUCAAAGUGAAGAGUUUUCUCCAGGACUCUCAAAUGCCAAGCCGUAUGGAUUGAUGGGAGUUAAUCAUAUCUGUGUAGAAUGACGGACUGAAUCACGCUGCAGUGUAAAUACUGUUUACACAAUGUACACUGAUGAGCAACAGCGUAGCCGUGGUAACCGUGUCCGGUUACUGCUCUGUCAUAAACACUUACAGUUACUGUCAUCUGCAGCAGAUGCUGUUUUUACACCAAAUUAUUUUUUGUAACCACUUGUCUGGGUGUCAGUGUACAGAUUGUGGAAUGUUUCUGCUUUUGUUUUCUUCUGUGGGUUGAUGGUUUUGAAGAUUUUAAUAUGAUUGGAUUGCCUGGUUGGUUUGGCCGUUGGUGCUCUCCUAAGCAGGAGUAAGAUUUUUGUUUGUGUGAUUAUUUUUAAGUCUGCUGGUAUUUGGGGGUUUGGUUUGAGCCUGGGGUGGGGAGUGUUCCUCCUGAUGUGUCCUGCAGCCCCCUGCUGGAGCCGGACAGCCUCCUCACAGCGGUCCUGUAACGCUGUUUCCUCAGUGUUUUUACAGCGUCAUGCGCGCUGGUCGUCAGUGGGCAGGGCUUAUGAGUGACCUCACAUCCUGGCGUCUGACCUGAGGAGAGGAGGGUGCGAUGAGAACGCCUCAGUGACAGGGUUAUGGUUCCGUUUUGCUCAGCUGAUACAGCAGUGUAUUCUGGGAAUGUAGGCCUUUGGACCCAUUCCCUCCCGUUCUGCCGCUCCUGCAGCCCUGAUCCUACUCUCCCAAAGAACUUUUUGUUCUUUUGAAAAGUUUUCUUUUACCUUUUUCCUCCUGCUCUGUGUUUCUGCCAGUCUGAUUGGGAAGGUGGCCAGGUGUGCUGGUUUUUUGGUUUAGACCAUGACUGUAGGGAUUUUUUUAAUACCUUGGAAUGCCCUGCCCUAUACUGGGGAAUGGUACAGCCCAACAGUCCACUUCCUGCUUCCUGUCAUGGCACCAUGUUGGGGGGGUUGCUGUAGCUGUGGAGCGUUAUUUCUGCCAGCUACACGCCACCCAGGCUGGGGGCAGGAGGCUGUGAUGAACCCGCAGCACCCAAUCAGAGGAAGCAGGGCUCUUUUCAUUUCACUCUUUAUUUUCUUUGCUUUGUUAAAGUUUGUGUACCCCUCCUCCGUAGUGUUUACCCUGCCCCAACCCCACCACGUCUCUGCCUCUCCCCCCUCCCUCCAACACCCCUUAUGUGUAUACCAUCAUUUCCACACUCAAGAGUCUGUACAAACUCCUUUUAUACCUCAACUUUAGGAAAAGUGUUCUAGGAAGAGAGUAAAGCGACACACAAGCCAAUGUAGUGUUUCUUAUUAGAAAAUGAAACUAAUAAAAGGAUCUAGUGUGCUUUUUUGUGGGAUAGUUCUUUUGGGGUGUUUUCUUCUUUUAAUGGGAACAAUGAUCUUUAGUCACUACAUCUAAACUAUUGUGACGUUGCAAAGAUAUUAAUAAAAAAACACGAAGUAAAGGCUCAUUGUUUGAUGCUGUUUUUAUUCCUCGUUGUAAACAUGGUUCCGUUCAGACGGGCUGGAGUCGGCCUGUCUGCCGUGAGCCACCCUGACUCCCGCUCUCCAGGACAGUGGCUGAUCUGUCUCUCGCCCAUUCCCUACCAGCUGAUAACGCGCAACUAACACACCUCUGUUCGUCAGUGUGUGAUGGAGGAGGAUAUCCUGAUGGAGGUGUUUGUACUAUUCUGUCUGGACACGCUGAAACAAAGCAAUUUGAUUAACCCUCCUAUUAUGCUGAAGUUUUAUAAUAAUAUCCAUCAUGUUUGGGGUCAAAUUGACCCCAGCAGUAUAAAUCACCUUAAAAUAUUACAAAAUACAACCCCAAAAACCUUGGUCUCAUCAAUGACCAUCAUGUUACUUUCCUAUAAUAGACAGUGACCAUUUAAGUCCAUGUUGAAAAAACGUUCUUCUUGCCACAACGCUGUCUUAACCUUACAGAGCACACAGAAGUUGCCGUUUUACGCCACUGUGUGCCGUGGGCAGAGUGUAUGUGCUGUUUGCAGACCUCCUUCUUGCUUUUCACUUACUUCAAAAAGGAAAGGGACACACUUUUUAAAUUGGGACUUUCUUCGCCAUUGCCCCCCGAUGGUGGAAUGAACUUCCCCACGUCACCUGUCCUGCCGAGUCCCUCUC